AGAGUGGAAUAUGGCUUCUCUGAGUCAGCUCUUGCGCGAGCUACAGGGACCUUUGCUCCCACCCAAGGACCUGGUGGAGGAGGAAGGUGAUUAUCUGAGGGACGAUGCGGAGGAGGAGGAAGACACGGUGUUUGUCGAUGCCGAGGAGCUCUGCAGUGGGGGCGUAAAGGCGGGCAGCCUCCCUGGUCGGCUCCGUGUUUCAAUUUUUGAUGAAAACACUCACCAGCAAUGUGAAGUGUUUGGACGUUUUCCAUUAAUGGGUGCUUGGUGGCGAGUGAAGGUACAGGUAAAGCCUGUAGGAUCAAGGAGCUAUCAAGUUCAAGGAUUUCCUUCUUACUUUUUACAAUCAGAUAUGUCAGCACCAAAUCAGUUACACAUCUGUUCCCUCUUUCUUAAAGACUGUAAUGUCUCCAGUGAAAACAGAAAUAAAUUUUUAGCAUGGGUAAAUGCUGAAUCAAGUUAUAAAGACCUCAACUUUGAAAAUCUUAGGGAAAAAUUAAGAACUUACCAAAAGAACGUUGAAAGGAAUACUCAAAAACAAUCUACACAGAAAACACAAGAGUCACCACCAGAUUACGAGAUACUGCUUCCUCUGGAAAACACAAUUCCAUUUAUAACUGUGAUGAGAGCUUUGCAGUUCCCCAAAAUAAUGGAAUUCCUUCCAGUUCUUCUGCCACGACACUUUAAACGGCUCAUAAGCUCAGAUUCUACAGAGGUGUUGGAAGAGAUAGAAGAGAUUUUAGGUACACAGCCAUGGAAACUCGGAUAUCGUAAAAUAACCUACAGACAGUUGAAGCUUCUGCGAUGUGAGGCAAGUUGGACAUCAUUUUGUCAGUGCAGGUCUCUUCUCCAGUUGAUGACUGAUUUGGAGAAGAAUGCAUUAGUAAUAUAUUCUGAACUGAAGCGGAUGUGUAGAGAGCAAGGGCACACGUGUGUUGAAGAAGCUGACUUAACUUGUGAAUUGUUAGACCGCAUGUCUUUUCAUGAUGCUUGGCAGUCUCUGAAGUUCUUGAAGGAUAUCGGUGUGGUGACGUAUGAGAAGGGCUGUGUCUUUCUUUAUGACCUUUACCAGGCUGAAAGAGGCAUUGCCUCUUCAAUCUGUGACCUGAUGACAAGGUCGCCAUGGCGAUUACAUGUUGAUGUUAAAAAGGUGCUUGCGUCUAUCCACACCACAAGACCUGAGAAUUCAGGAAGUGAUGAUACACUGAAUAAAAGUAAACCUGAUGAAACAAGAUUAGAAGAUCCUGUGGAUAUUUGGGACAUGCAGGACAGCGGUGACCUUAUUUGGGAUAAUGGUGAAAAUGAAGUUAAGGCAGAAAUAAGUGAAUUCCAACUGGAUCAGGAUCAGGUGGCUGCUUUGGACAUGAUUUGCUCCAAUGCUGUGACAGUCAUAAGUGGGAAAGGUGGUAGUGGGAAGACCACAAUUGUUAGCCAGCUUUUUAAGCAUAUAGAGCUGUUGGAAGAAAGAGAAGUGAAAAAAGCUUGUGAAGAUUUUGAACAAGACCAGAAUGUACCAGAAGAAUGGAUUACCUUCACUGAGCAAAGUCAGCGGAAGCCGGGCAAGGCUAUAGAAGUUUUACUUACAGCACCUACAGGGAAAGCAGCUGGCUUACUGAGACAGAAAACUGGUUUCAACGCUUAUACACUAUGUCAGGUCAAUUAUAGCUUCUACUUAUGGGAGAAAAAAACAAUGACCAAGGACAUGCCAUGGAAAUUUUCUUCGGUUAGAGUUCUGGUUGUGGAUGAAGGGAGUUUGGUAUCUGUCGGAAUCUUUAAAUCAGUUUUAAAUUUACUGUGUGAGCACUCCCAACUUUCUAAGCUUAUUAUUCUUGGUGAUAUUAGACAGUUACCCAGUAUUGAACCUGGUAACUUGCUGAAAGAUCUUUUUGAGACUCUCAAGUCAAGAAAUUGUGCUAUUGAACUAAAGACAAACCAUAGAGCAGAAUCUGAACUAAUUGUGGACAAUGCUACAAGAAUCUCAAGACGCCAGUUUCCAACGUUUGAUGCAGAGCUGAAUAUCUCUGAUGAUCCACCAUUCCCUGUCUCAAUACAAGAUAAAUCAUUUAUUUUUGUUAGACUCCCAGAAGAAGAUGGCAGUUCUCAGUUCUCAAAAAGUAAUCAUCGCUCUUAUUUAUAUUCUGCAGUUAGUACUUUACUCAAAGAGAAGGACCUAGAAGAUGCAAAAACAUCACAAUUUAUUGCAUUUAGAAGGCAAGACUGUGACGUGAUCAACACCUGCUGUUGCAAGCACUACACGGGCCGUCUAAUCAAAAACCAUCAGAAUAGACUUGAAUUUGGAGUUGGUGAUAAAAUUUGUUGUACCAGGAACGCGUAUCUCUCAGACUUACUCCCUGAAAAUACCUUCAACAGCCAACAAAAUAAUGAACUAAAGGCCGGUGGCGAAGACUUUAAUGGUACUCCUCAUGGUUUUGCUAAAAAUAAGCAUGACUUUGAAAGUGGUAUUCGACUCUGCAAUGGAGAAGUAUUUUUCAUAACAGAGGAUAAAACUGAUAUAACUUUUGGAAAGAAAAGAUUUUUGACUAUUAAUAAUAUGGCUGGCUUCGAAGUAACUGUGGAUUUUGGGAAACUAAUGCAAUAUUGUAACAUAAAACAUGCAUGGGCAAGAACUAUUCACACUUUUCAGGGGUCGGAGGAGAAGACAGUCGUGUAUGUGGUUGGGAAGGCGGGCCGCCAGCACUGGCAGCACGUGUACACAGCGGUGACCCGGGGCCGCUGCAGAGUGUACGUCAUUGCAGAGGAGUCUCAGCUUCGGAGCGCAAUUAUGAAAAACAGCGUUCCCAGAAAAACUCGUUUAAAACAUUUUUUGCAAAACAAGCUCUCUGAGAGCUGUGCAUCUCCAGCAGAGUUUGCAUCCCCAUCAAAGAGCCCUGAAGACAGCAGGAGACCCAGCACACAUCCAUCAGCAUCCCCACUCCCUACAGCCACAGAUGACAGGGUGACAGAUUACGUCCCCAGAAGGAGGGCCUCUGUGGCUGGUGACACGCUGUUUCCCUUUGCUGAAGGAUGGGAAUUACCUUCAUCUGAUGAAGUGCAUACAAUUGAGGAUCCAUCACCAUCGAGAGGGUCCAAAAGAACAUGUAGCAUGAAUGCCGCUGCAAGUCCAAGCAAAAUUCUUAUGGUGGAAGAGUCAUCUCCACAAGUGUCUUGUAAACUUCAGAAUUUGAGACUAAAUAGUUUAACCCCCAGGCAACUUUUCAAACCUACAGAUAAUCAAGAAACUUAGUUUUAUUUCAGAUUGCUCAAAAUAAUUGUCUAUUUUUUUCCAUUCAACACAAAAUGAACAUAGCUUCAAAGGAUCAAGACAAAAGAGGAUGUCUAUUAACUGGAGUUUUAUUUUAAGACAUUUGGGUUAGCAGAUAUUUUAAAAUCAUUUCAUCAACGAAAACCUUAGUGAUUUUGACAUCUGUCAUCAGGAGAACUAACAGCACUGGUCAUAUAUGAGGGAAAAAUAUGUUAUAUAUAUUUUUUAAAAACCUGUACUUUUAAAAGUGUUUUAUUUUUAGAAUAACGCCUUAUUAAAUUCCAUCAUCAUUGUGGGUGAUCUUUGCCAUUGGGUUGAAGCAGUGGUAAAGAUAAACUGUAAUUAUAUCUCUCAAAUUGUUAACACAUAUUCUAGGACAUUGUGUCUUCUGCAAAGUGGUCAUCUCACAAGGCUGCUACUUGCUCCGUCACUGCUGCCUGGACCUACCUGGUACCUUUUCCUGGAAAUUCCUGCUGAGCUGGAAGCACAUUGGUUUUGGUUUUGGUUUUCUUAAUUUGAGAUAUAAUUGACAUAGGACGUUGGGUAAGUUUAAGGUGUGCAUCAUGUUGAUUCACUACUUCUAUAUUGCAAUAUAAUUAUCACUGUAGCAUUAGCUAAUAUGUCUAUCAUGUCACAUAGUUAUCAUUUCUUCUGAGAAUAUAUUGUUUUAAAGAUAUUCCACUUUGAAAAUUUUUUUUCCUCUCAGUGAUUUGAUUUUUUUGAGUUUUAUUUAUUAUUAAAUGGUAAAAGAAAAAGUUAGGAAAAAUUUACCUGUUAUCCCAGUGUUUUAAAAAUAGCCUUCCUGGGCUUCCCUGGUGGCGCAGUGGUUGAGAGUCCGCCUGCCGAUGCAGGGGACACGGGUUCGUGCCCUGGUCCGGGAAGAUCCCACGUGCCGUAGAGCGGCUGGGCCCGUGAGCCAUGGACGCUGAGCCUGCGCGUCCGGAGCCUGUGCUCCACGGCGGGAGAGGCCCCAACAGUGAGAGGCCCGCGUAUCGCAAAAAAAAAAAAAAGCCUUCCUGAGAUGUAAUUCACAUACAGUUCACCCGUUUACGUAGUUGAGUGGCUUUUAGUAAAUUCACAGAAUUGUGCAACCAACAACACAAUUGAUUUUAGAACAUUUUAAUCAUCCCCCAAAGAAAUCCUAUACCUCUUAGCUCUAAUCCCUUUUCCCUUUCAGUCCUAGAACUGCUAAUCUAUUUUGUCUCUAUUGAUUUGCCUAUUUCAGACAUUUCAUAUAAAUGGAAUCAUACAAUAUAUGAUCCCUUGUUACUGACUUCUUUGACUUAGAAUAAUGUUUUCAGACUUCAUCCACGUUGCAACAUGUAACAGUGCUUCAUCCCUCUCCCUUUUUUAAAGUUUAAAAAAAAAUUAUGUACAAAGAACUAUCAUUAUUUCUUUUAUUGGGUAUAUGUCUUGGAUAAUCCAUUCAAGGAGUAUCAUUUUAUCCAGCUUGAUGAAGCCUAGAUCUUUCAUGUACUGAUGGAAAAACUGGCGGCAUAUAUUGAGGUAAUAUUCCCAGAUCAGACCAUGCUGGUUUGAGCUGAUGUGGCGAGAUCACAGGAACCUUGGCUGAAUUUUUGCAGGUAGCUCUAGUAGAGUUGCUGAUGACCCAUCCUGCUUUCAGUAGUGCAAUGAGGCAGAAGGCUUUCAUUUCUUUUUAUUACGAAAUAUUCCAUUGUAUGGAUAUGGUAUGUUGAAUUUAUCCAUUCAUUAGUUCAUGGACAUGUGGGUUGCUUCCUCUUUUUGGCUAUCAUAACUAAUGUUGCUAUGAACAUCUGUGUACAAGUUUUUGUGUGGGUAUAUAUUUUCAUUUCUUCUAAGUAUAUACCUAGGAAUGGAAUUGCUGGUCGUAUGGUAACUCUAUGUUUAACCUUUUGAGGAGCUGCUAAACUCUUUUCCAAAGCAGCUGUACCAUUUUAUACUUACACUAGCAGUGUGUGAGGGUUCCAGUUUCUCCAUUAUCGCCAACAUUUGUUAUUAUCUGACUUUUUAAUUAUAGCCAUCCUAGUGGAUAUGAAGUGACAUAAUGGUUUUGAUUUGCUUUUCCCUUAUGACUAAUGAUGUUGAUCACCUUUUUGUGUGCUUAUUGGCCAUUUGUAUGUCUUCAGAGAAAUGUCUA